AUGAACAGAUCAGUCACUGGUAACCGAAGGCCACUCCCCAAGCACGUCCCCGCCGUGCCUCACGUCCCCCGCCUGAACAGAGAAUCCUUUCAGGUGCCUGACCUGUGGAGCCGGAUCGGAGCCAUGUCUGCCUUGUGGCUGCUGCUGGGCCUCCUGGCCGUCACUCACUCAGCUGAAAGCAGCAACUGGGGAUGCUAUGGAAACAUCCGAACCUUCGACACCCCUGGGGCGUCUUGUGUAACUGGACGACGACAGGGACUGAACUACUGUGGAGUCCGCGCGUCCGAAAGGCUGGCGGAGAUGGACAAGCCGUACCUGCUGAGAUACCAGCCCGUGCUGCGCGCCGUGGGCCAAAGAUACUGCGUGGACCCCGCGGUGAUCGCGGGGCUCCUGUCCCGGCAGUCGCUCGGCGGCCGCGUCCCGCUCGCGGCGCUGCAGGACCCCGGCCUCUAUGCUCCCAGACCCCAGAUCAGCGAGUCCCAGGUUGCCAAGAUCAUCGGAGUUCUUGUUGUUCGAAUCAAAGAAAUCCAGAGUCGGUUUCCAUCCUGGACCCCGGACCAGUACUUGAGAGGUGGCCUCUGCGCCUACGGUGGGGAUGUUGGCUACAUCAGGAGCACCGAGGACCUGAGCUGUGACUUCUGCAACGACGUCCUUGCACGGGCCAAAUACUACAAGAGAAACGGCUUCUAGUGCUUCAGAACACACCAAAGAUGAUCGUCUAUAUGAGGCCUCGGUUGUUCUAUAA